CUAGACUCUAUACAAGAACAUGUUUUCAUUAAAAAAUUUGUUUUCCUUUCAGAUAAUGUUCGCGCUACCGUUUUAACUGACGGCAGUUUCAUCAACCGUGACAACAGUAUCAGAUUGCAGUUACAUCGUCUUAAUGCCAAUGUGGCCAUAGGAGAUGCCAAAAUUAUAGCUAACGGAAUUUUCUCCGAUCGUAACUUAAACACCAUGAUCUUAAAUUUAGUUAAUGAAAACUUACCCGAAAUAACUCGUGUCGGCAUACCAGCUACCCGUGAACAAUGGGCACCAAUUUUAGUGGAACAUGUUAAUAAUUUCUUUUCACAAGUUCCUAUAGAAAAGUUUUUAACGCAAUAAGUAGUUUUGUCGAAACCAAAAAAGAGAAGAAUGAGAAAAAAACACAUGAAAAUCGCAAUGUAUUUUAAUUAAGUUUAGUUUUUAAGAUAUACAUUUUUUUAUUUUAAUUGUUUUAUAUUCACACACAAAAACACUCACACUCUAAUACACAUAAAUAUUAUAAUAUUUUAUUUAUUUAAAUUUUUAUUGGAUUUUACAUAUUUUGUUUUUUUAUAAGUACAUAACUCUUAAGUAUUUGUGAAUAAUG